UCUAAAGUAAAAUUGUUCGAAUUCGCAAAAUCGCAACUCUGUAAUUCUAUAAGCAAGUUCUGAAAACGAAACUCGAACAGCUCUAGUACUGCCAAGUCGUUUUUUGUUUUAGAACAAAUUUGGUACUACGUUCGGCUAAAGUUAAUGUCAAAAUCUUGCGAAUUCGGAAAUAACCGUUCUACAUCAAAUGUGCUUGCGAAAAGGUCGAUCGAGGAAGUUUUUUUUUCAGAAUGUAAGUAAAUAAAAGUUAUAAAUUAAUAAUUCUCAAAUAUUUCAUAAACAUAGUAAUAUGUAUGUAUAAUUUAUAUGUUUUUUGUUUCAGGGCAUCAUCUAAAAUUCGAAACACUAAAGUGUCGCAAUUUGAAAUAAUGGUCAAUUAUAUGACCCAGCACCCAGACUUGUCCAAGGGUUAUUUAAAAACACCAGGAGUAAGACAGAAAUCAAGGCAUUUAUGGACCAAUCUGUCAAUCGAUUUGAAUGCUGAAGGUCCACCGCAGCGUGAUGCAGAGGGAUGGAAAAAGGUCUGGGCCGAUUUUAAGGUUCAUACCAAAGCCAAACUUAGAAAAAAUAAAAUAAAUUUGUCUGGAACUGGUGGUGGUCCCCCGAAACAUCAUCCACUUACUCCACUGGAAGAGAAAGUCAGUGAGUUGCUUGACUUAGGUGAAGCAAUCGAUGGGAUGAAUGGAUCCCUUAGUUUCGGGUUGCAAGACACCAGCAUGAGCUGCAGUCAAGAUCAUGAAGAAGCGGAAAUGUUUGAGGUUAUUGCUGAAACGCAGACAAACGACAACAUUAGCCAAAAGGUAAACCUACCACAUCCACGAAAAACACCAAAAAAAAAGACAGUCGCUCCUCGAGAAGCAAGUUGAGCAUCAAAUAAGUUACCAAAGCAAUUCCACCGAUGCUCUGAAGGAGAUUAAUAUAAAUUUAAAAGGAAUUUUAAAAUACAAAAAAAGAGAUUCUGAACUAAACGAAAAAAACUACAAAUUGAAAAAAGAGAAGC